UGAUUAUAGGCUCGGAGGAAAUUGGAAGGUGUUCUCUGGAAUUUGCUCCUCUCGUAGAUCUAAAGUGUUGUGGAAUUGUUUUUAGAGAUAUUUCAGGAGCAAGGUGAAUUGUUACAAGAGCUUGUUGGUGCUGAAUGAAGAAAACAGGCUGUGAAAAGGUUAAUCUUCCCGGUCCCUGUAUAUAGAGUGUGAGUGGGUGUCUGUGUGUGUCAGUGUGUAACAAUCAAAAUGGAACUGGAUUAUUAUGUGGUCCUCGAAAUCACCAAGAACGCCUCAGAAACAGAUGUUAAAAAAGCCUACAGAAAGCUGGCUUUGAAAUGGCAUCCAGAUAAAAAUCCAGACAAUAAAGACGAGGCCGAGAAAAGAUUUAAAGAAAUCUCCGAAGCUUACGAAGUCUUGUCCGACAAGGAGCAGAGGGCUAUCUAUGACAAAUACGGGAAGGAGGGUCUAAGUGGCGGCGGGGGUGUACAGGAUGACUACGACUUUAAUAGUCCCUUCCAUCACUUCCAUCCUUUCCACCAUAGAAACCCGGAGGACGUGUUUAGAGAUUUCUUUGGAGGAAGAGAUCCUUUUGCUUCAUUUUUUGGUCGUGACAAUCCCAAUAACUUCCACGACUCUUUUCCAGGCUUUACACGCCCCUCCAUGGGACUCUUUGGAAAUAAUUUUUUCGGAGAUAGCGGUCCACGGCGCAUGCAGAGAAGAAGGGAGAGAACUGACAGGCCGUCCUCUUAUUCCCGUCGUUCGAGGGACGUAGAACUUAGGAGUGCUCAUCAUCCCAUGACAGUUCACUCGCCCCUGCAUCACUUUGGAUUUCCCAUGGGUUUUGGCUUUACAUCUUCUCUGUUUGAUGACCAUUUCGGAAUGCAUCAUAGACCGGGAUUCUCCAAUUUCAGUAGUACAUCUUUCAGUGGCCCCAGGGGUGGGGGAAACUUUAGAUCCACCUCCACUUCUACCAAAUUUGUUAAUGGCAAAAAAGUGGUGACCAAAAAGGUGGUGGAAAAUGGUAAAGAAACCAUAACCGUUACAGAAGAUGGUAAAGUGGUGCAGCAUCUAGUAAACGGUGAAGAGAAGCAUGCGAUAAAAGAUUGACCGGGGACCAGCAAUCAGAAAGCGCAUCUGUGUUAUUUAUAGUAACAAUAUCUAGAGUUCUGUAAAUCAAGAGCUUAGUGUUUACUAUGUAAAUAGGUCAGAAUGGGGUUAUUAGGGGUCAAGUAAAAAUUAUUGUUUUUUUGAUUGGACGUGUCUGAAAUUUACCAGACUAACUUUUUGAUCAGAAUUUGGUCUGAUUUUGAUAAUUAGGUGUUAUACAUCUGAAUAUCUUAUUUAUUCAGUAUGUAAAAGUUAAUCUGUUUUAUCUAUGGGAAAAAUAAUUAUUGUAUUUUAGCACAAAAUGUCUCUGUUUAUUUGUAAUAAACUGGAUUACAAUGUAUAGAACUUUAGUGCAUAUGUAUGUACACUGUAUUGGUCUAUUUUGGACUUUUAAGAUUUGUCGUUGGACAAGAUUUAAGUACAAAAUAGCUGAAGUUUGUUUGACCCAUUUCUUACAUGUAUGUAUAUGAUUGUUGUACGCUAGCUGUUCAUCUUGAAUGGCUAUAUUUGUUUUGUCUUCAGUGUACAUGUGAUGAAGUUUCACACAAUCUUUUUUGUUGAAGGUCAUUCAGUUGUAUUGAAUGAAAAACUUAAGGUAUGGAGAAUAAUUUUUUUCUUAGAUGUAUUAUAGUGAAAGCUUUAAUAAGGGGUUAUUUCAGAAAUAAUUUUCUCUGUUGUUUUAAAUCAGGAUCCUGAUAUUAUCAGUAAUUCAGUGAAACUUAAUACAUGUAUUUAUAUGUCUAUUACUAUUCAGUGCCCCUUUAUCAGUUUACUGUGAAUACACACUUAAUCCCAGUGACAAUUAUUUAAUGUGGUCCCAAUGAAACUUUCUUUGGGAAAAACAUUGUAUUGGGCUAUAUUUUUACUCCCAUAGAAAUGAAAGGUGAAAGAUAAUUAAUUUUACUGGCUUUUAAUCAGAAUUGAUACGUUUAUGGAUUUAAAAAAGUAUGUAAAUUCACUUUUAAAUGAAGAUAAUUGGGUUAUAUCAUAUUGAUAUCUUUUGUGUGCAUAUCUCUUCUAUUAGAUGUCUGUAACUUUUUUCAGUUUGGACAUAUAGUUGUGCCAUAGUGAAGACUUUGAUUCUGUGUAAUAUCAAUAUCUUUGUAUUUAGCCUGACAUUGAAGCAAUGUAAUGAUAAUUUAUGUAUUUUAAACAUCUUUUCGUACAUAGCAAAUAUACAUUUCUCUUCAUAUUGAUAUCACUGUUUCUUGAAACUUAAAUAGUAUUUGUUGUUUAAUUCUUCAUUCAUUAUUAUCAGGUGGAAGUGAUUUUUCUGCUGGUGUUUGCUUAAUGAAAAAUUCCAUGUAUCCAUUGUACAUGUAUGUACAUGUACUUUAAAUUUUUUUUAAAAAAAAAUUCGAAUAUUUUGUAUUUAUUUGGUAAUUGGAAAGUUUCAUGAUAAAGUUGCCCUGAGCUUUGGACAGUGUGAAGAAUUUUUUUUCAGUCUGAAGAAAAUGGUGUAUAGCUUAAUAUAAACACACAACAUAAAGCUAUGUGAACAUAAGCUAAUGUAAACACAUUAAUGUAAAGCUAUGUGAACAUGGUGGUUCUUUUUCAUUAUUCAUGUCAAGGUCAUUUUAUAUGUAUAACCUUGACCUAUGUUUAAAUAUCUCUGUUGUGGUGUUUAACAAAUAUUAGGGGCUGUGUCUCUGUCUACUUAAUUUCUUUUUUUUUUUUAAUCUUCUCGUUUUACAUAAAUGUUAACACUGUCAAUGUUAUUUCAUUUUACCAUGUUUGGCCAAAUAGCAAAAUAAAUGAGCUAUAUUUUGA